AUGGCUCAGGAACGCGCUCCUCUCCGCCUCGGCUCCGUUGCCCCCGAUUUCCAGACCGACACCUCCAACGGUCCUAUCUCUUUCCAUGAAUACAUUGGCAAUAGCUGGGCUAUUCUCUUCUCCCACCCUGAUGACUUCACCCCUAUCUGCACCACCGAGCUCGGUGCCUUUGCCAAGCUCGAGCCCGAGUUCACUGCUCGCGGUGUCAAGCUUAUCGGUCUGAGUGCCAACGGCACCGAGUCCCACCACGCCUGGAUCAAGGAUAUCGAUGAGGUCAACGGCUCCAAUCUCAAGUUCCCCAUCAUCUCCGACCCCGAGCGCAAGAUCGCCUAUCUCUACGACAUGGUCGACUACCAGGAUACCACCAACAUCGACUCUAAGGGACUUGCUCUUACCAUCCGCUCUGUCUUCAUCAUCGACCCCAGCAAGAAGAUCCGUCUGAUCAUGUCCUACCCCGCCUCCACCGGUCGUAACACCGCCGAGGUUCUCCGUGUCGUUGAUGCUCUGCAGACCACCGACAAGCACGGUGUUACCUGCCCUAUCAACUGGCUCCCUGGUGAUGACGUUGUUAUCCCUCCUCCCGUCUCCACCGAGGAUGCCCAGAAGAAGUUCGGCGAUGUCCGCAUUGUCAAGCCUUACCUCCGCUUCACCAGUCUCAAGAAGGAGUAAAGAGGGACAGUAAACCGCAGCCACGAAAUGAAGUUGGCAAGGUAGAGG